CCACCCUCUCGCCUCACGUCUCCCCCGACAUCCUUCAUACAAACACGCCCCCUCUUUCCCUCUUUCUUCCCCUCUUUCUUCCCCCCUCGGUGGUGUGACAUGACAAAGUAGUCUCAUCCGUACUAGACAGUUACUCCUCCAAUUUUUGGGUCGGUUUUGCCAAUUCCUUUCUUACCUCUUCGUUCUGCCCCGUAUUCAUAAGGCCAUAACCGUGGACUGUUUGCGACCUGCGACCCGCGACAACAACAAAACACCACCGACAAGAAGAAUAUUUCAGCUGCUCGAAUGGCGUAUUACGGCGGCCACGGAGACGACACAGGCACACUAUCGCUCCCCGUAAUUGACCCGAGCUGGCAGAACGACCGGUCAACACAGGACCGCUACCGCCUCGGACGCGAGCUAGCUCGCGACUUCCAGGACAUCUCGUUCUCAUCACUUCCUCCCCCGGGCGGCGACCAGACCGACAUGUCGAUGUCGAUGGACGUGGGCAAAGAGGCCAACGCGACUUCGACCAAGCGCAUAUACGUUCCGACCAGGGCUGCUCCUUCUGGACCUCCCGGUACGAUGCUCUACCAGACACCCACUAUCGAUUCCAGACUUAUGCGUGAGCAUUUCAUUGACUUCACAAUGGCGGCAGACGAUCUUCGCGAUACCACCGAUGCGGAUUCGUAUGAGAUUGGGCGGGGGCGGCCCGAGGGCGCGGGAGCUGGCGGUGUAAGCUUCGAUGAUCGGGGGGCGGAUCUGUUUUCGGCUGGUUUGACGGGUUCGAAGGGGAACGAGAGCAAGAAACGGACCGGUGGGAAGCUGGACGACAAGACCUCCUCCUCGAGAGAGGUGUCGGGUGCGAGCCGACGAGAAAAGACGAAGUCGCAGGCUGUCGAUAGGUCCUUGGGAUCGCCCGUUCAGAGGAAUUUGUCGUUUCCUCCGACACUGGACUUCGGGGCCGCAGCGGCCACUCCUAAGCGCAGGAGGUCGCGUUUGUCAACUGAAAGUGCCGAAGCACCAUCGAAGAUCGUGGACUAUGUGUCGAACUCGGGGAGUGGUGGAUCGAGGGCGUCGCGUUUCGCCAACCCACCAACGGCAAAUCCACGAGACUCGGAGGAGGAUGCAUUGGAGGAUAUCGGAAACAAGAGUAACCGCAAAUGGUUCUCGAACACAAGAUUCCAGCGCCCGACCAGUGCUGCGUCAAACCGGCCGGACGACGACAUCACCGAAGAUCUUCCAGCGAUCCUGGGACGGACUCGAAAGCCGGCCCCUACCGGUACGGUUCCCACAUCGUUCAAAUCGACGUCGGAUUUCCUUAAGGAGCUAGGCCUCGACGGCCAUACGCAAACGAUCAACCUCCAGACGACUCUGAAAGAGCUGAAGCGAGUUGGUCCGUCCGAUCCGCCCGUCCGACCUCGUACGAAGCAAACCCCUCAGAAACCUGCUCGUACCACCCGCAACAUCGAUCCCUCGUUCAUGAUGCCGAGUAUGCCCGAUAUGACGGAUUUAUUUGGUGGUAACGAAGUGACGCGUUUCUCUGCAAAGAAAGGUGCUUCGGCGGAAACACAUUUCCCAAUUGACGCCAUUCCAAUUCCCCACGACUCACGCGCUCUGCUGGAUGGCAUGAAGCAGCUCCAGGAGAAGGUGGCCAUGCUCGAAGAUCAGAUCAGGCGUGGCAAAAUGCAGGGAGAGCGGAAGUUCGAGCCUGGGAGUCUAGAAGAAGAGCGGCUCGUUGCUGUCAACUCUGUUGCCAUGGCCAUCGCUCAGAAUGAAGAUUUGAAGGCUGCCUACAACGAUCUACAAGCCCAGUUCGAGCAGGUGGAACACGAGAAACAGUCAAUCGAGAAGCGCGCCACCCGUCAGCGCAAUGAAUUCCGUGCUCGUGAGGAACGACUCCGACUAUACGCUAAGCAAGCUCGACUGGCAAUGGAGGAGGCGGCCCGUCGUGAUGUCGAGGAGCGGCAAGCUGCAGAGCGGGAGACUGCACGCCAAAAGCUUGAGGAGGAAGAGGCGGAGAAGCGUGAGGCUGAGCGGAUCGCGAAGGAGCGGGAAGAGGAGGAAAGGGAAGAAAUCAGACGGCUGGAAGCCAAGCAGGAGUUCGACCGAUCCGUUGAGGAACAACUCAGAAAAAUCCGGCCAGACUUGUUUGUGGGUCGUAUUGAGCCACUUGUCAUUCCAUCUGCGCUACCGGCGCCACGAAAGGCAACGGUGGAGGUUGAUGGAAGGAAGAGGACCAUUGUGAUUCCUAGGGCCCGUAAGUCUUCGGCAAGUGAGACUUCUGAGACAGAGAUAGUGCCGGAGGCCGGGAGGAAAGAUAAAGGGAAGGGGCGCGAGGAACAACCUAGGCCGACUGAACCGGAAGCGUCGCGAGCUGGCCCGUCUGGGUUUUUGUUUGACGAUACCACCAUGUCGAUCUCUCAGGAGGAGGUUCGCCGCAUUGCGAAGGAGAUCAACCAGGAACGCAAGAAGCGAAAGGCUGCUGCCGUUGCCGAGAAGGCCAGAAAAGAGGCGGAGAUCGAGCGCCCCAGACAGCAACAGACCCGGCGUCCGGCGGAGCAACAGGCCCAGACAAGUGUGCCAGCGACUGCCCAAACUGCUAAAGCUACAUCCUCGGCAAAUGCUCUUGCCACUGGCGCCGAGUCUUCUGCGGAAUCCUCUACCAAGAAGAAGGGUCGCAAGGUGGUCAAGGUCGUUUACCUUAUGGACGCAGAUACUACGGAGAUCCGUGGCCUGACACAAGAAGCCCAAGAAUCGGAAGUUGCCAAGGUCACCGAGUCUGCAUCGGGGUCUGCGGGCUCCAUUCAACCUCCUGCUCGCACCGGAACGCCGGCUCUCUUCCGUGCUCCCUUUGACUCUGCUCUUGCCGGGGAGCGCACCCCUGCGGCCGAGCCCGAGGUCAAGGCACCAGAGAAUGUUGAGGACAAAGAGGCUGAGGCCACUGCCCCCCUCGUUGAGAAGGAGGUUGUUGCUUUGGCUCCGGAACCUCGCUCGGCCCCGCGAGUGGUUUUCAAGGACGUUUCCGAGGACGAAGCUUCGAACGAUAGUGACCAGGAUGCUUCGGUGGACCACAACGCUGAAGACCACGAUACCCGACAAUGCACUGUCUGUGUCCGAUACGAUGGUCUGCGCUUGCGGCAAGAGGAGAUGGAGCGUGAGAACCCUUUGAAGGAUAUCGAUAACUCUUGCCUCUACCCCGCCCCACCGCUUGAGCCUGCCUCGAAGCGUCCAGCUCCCGAAGGGUUCGAUGAGGAGCCCACGCUGCGACCCAGUGUUACCCCGCAAACACAGUUGGAGCGCGUGGUAAGGCAGCUCAGGGAUGAGUUCAGGCAUCUCAAGAUGAUAUACCAACGCAGGAGUGAAGAGUUCAUGUUGCUCGACCCGGCUAUCCAGAAGAAGCGCCGCAAGGCGAUGACUCGGGAGCUGAACGAGCUCGUGCAGGAGAUGGACUCCAAGUCUGACCAGAUUUACGCGCUAUACGAUGUCAACGAGGGGUUUGUGGAGCGUGAGAGGCCCAAAGAAUACGAAGCGGGUGACGAGACCGAGGAUCUGAUUAGGUCUCUGGCCGUGUAGACUGGGGUUGAUUCCCGGUACCUCGCCGUUUGACCGUUUGAUUUCUAUUGUCGAGGGGUGUUUUUUUUGGGAUACCAAGUCUCUUCUUCAUCAUUUACUUCCUUCAUUCUUUUUGGUGCGUUUUUUGGGGGCUCGAUGGGUUAUCUUUUUAGUUUUUAGUUCUCGGAGUGUUUGUUAGUCGCCUUUGUACAUGUUCGGGUUCAUUCAUUUGCUUAUUCUGCUUUUGUUAUCGUGGCAUUGGGGGCAAGUGUGUUAUAGUAGCCUCAUGAUUCAUCAAGGCAUGCUUACUGGACGUUCGAUUGCCAUCGGUUCUGUGUGAGCGAGGUCUUGGAAUGAUGUGAGUUAGGGUUAAUAGCGAUUGUUGGAC